UGGCAGUUUAAUGUCAAACGUAGGGUUAUAGUAGAUCCGGUAUGCUGCGAUUUGCUGUGACGACGGCGCUUCGCGCGUCAAGGAACCUACAACUUGUUUCGCAAGGCUGCUCGAAGGUUAACCCAAUCUUAUUUGCAAGCAGAAACUUCGCUUCCUUUAGGACUCAGACAACGCUGCUUUCAUCACCUUCAAUCAGUUCACAAUGCACGCCCAUCAGGAAUUCACUUUUGCUUCAAGCACUUUUACCCAACACUCCCGUUUUGAUGCAACAACCUGCCCGCAGUGUAACCAAGUUCUCCCUUCGGAAGGGAAAAAGGAAAGCGGUGAAGGCCGUGAUUAAACGUUUCAAAAGGCUACAUUGGGGUGCAUGGAUCCGAACACGAUGUGGUCGACACAAGAAAAUGUGGAAGAAAUCAGCGGCGCUAACUAAAAGACUGCGACAACAUGUCUUCGUCAACGGGCAACAGUCUAUGCUUCUGGAUAAGAUGGUGACGAAGUUCUGGCGGCGGCCGAAGUACUACUUAGAUGAUCCCUAUACUCCGUAUCAUACGAGGAAUGAAUUCAAGCUGACGAAAACGAAGCGGAUGUAAUUUGUGGCUUCCUGUAAUGCUUCAAAAUGUUCUUGCUAAGUGAAAUUAUUAUUUAGAUUUCAAAUGUAUAAUAAACUGAAACCGAUAUACUUGUAGAUUAUAAA